GGGACGGAGGCUUGGCCCGCUCUGCCGCACCGGGGCCGGCUGAGACGAGAGUAGGCUCAUCCCCGCAGCCGUCGCUACCCCUCACCCCAGCCGCAGGCCGCGCCCGGAGAGCGGCCGCUCCGCCGUCGCCCGCGGUCCAGGUUUUACCAAGAGACAGUACAUCUAACACUUAACUUGGAUCAUCUCUUGUUCAUCAGCUUGAAAAUCAUAACAGCCCCCAAAACUGACAUUUGAUCUGAAAGAAAAAGCUGUGACAAAUGGACAAUAUGUCUAUUACUAACACACCAACAAGUAAUGAUGCUUGUCUGAGCAUUGUUCACAGCUUGAUGUGCCAUCGACAAGGUGGAGAGAGUGAAACUUUUGCAAAACGUGCAAUUGAAAGUUUAGUUAAAAAGCUAAAGGAGAAAAAAGAUGAAUUGGAUUCUUUGAUUACAGCUAUAACCACAAAUGGAGCUCAUCCUAGCAAGUGUGUUACAAUACAGAGAACGCUGGAUGGGAGGCUUCAGGUGGCUGGUCGCAAGGGAUUCCCUCAUGUGAUUUAUGCUCGUCUUUGGAGGUGGCCUGAUCUUCAUAAAAAUGAACUCAAGCAUGUUAAAUAUUGUCAGUAUGCUUUUGACUUGAAAUGUGACAGUGUCUGUGUAAAUCCUUAUCAUUAUGAGCGUGUAGUAUCGCCUGGCAUUGAUCUCUCAGGACUGACACUCCAGAGUUCUGUUUGUUUCUUCACAGCUCCUUCAAGUAUGUUGGUGAAAGAUGAAUAUGUUCAUGACUAUGAGGGGCAGCCAUCAUUGUCUUCUGCUGAAGGCCAUUCAGUCCAAACCAUCCAGCACCCACCAAGUAACAGGGCAACUACAGAGCCUUAUAGCACCCCAGCCAUGUUAGCUCCUACUGAGGCUAGCACUACCAGCACCACUAAUUUUCCCAACAUUCCUGUGGCUUCAACAAAUAGUACUACAACUUGGACUGGAAGUCGGACAGCAGCCUACACACCUACCAUACCUCACCACCAGAAUGGCCAUCUUCAACAUCAUCCACCUAUGCAUCCUGGGCAUUACUGGCCAGUUCACAAUGAACUUGCAUUCCAGCCUCCUAUAUCAAAUCAUCCUGCUCCAGAAUAUUGGUGCUCAAUCGCAUAUUUUGAAAUGGAUGUGCAAGUCGGGGAAACAUUUAAGGUCCCUUCAAGCUGUCCAAUUGUUACUGUUGAUGGAUAUGUGGAUCCUUCUGGAGGAGACCGUUUUUGCCUGGGCCAGCUUUCCAACGUGCAUAGAACAGAAGCCAUUGAGAGGGCAAGGUUGCACAUAGGUAAAGGGGUGCAGUUGGAGUGCAAAGGAGAAGGUGAUGUGUGGGUUAGAUGCCUCAGUGACCAUGCAGUCUUCGUUCAGAGUUACUACCUGGAUAGAGAAGCGGGGCGUGCACCAGGGGAUGCAGUUCACAAGAUUUACCCAAGUGCAUAUAUAAAGGUGUUUGAUUUACGCCAGUGUCAUCGUCAGAUGCAACAGCAGGCUGCCACAGCCCAAGCUGCUGCUGCUGCUCAAGCUGCAGCAGUAGCAGGAAACAUCCCCGGACCAGGAUCAGUAGGUGGAAUAGCCCCAGCCAUUACUACAUCUGGUGACCCUGACGUGAUUUGCAUCAGUCAGCCCUUCGUGGAUUGCAGGAUGGACGAAGGGACGCCUCAGACCCCUGCCAGAACUCUGCCAGGACCCACCGGUGCCUGCGCAACCUGUCCACAUCUGGACACCCUCUGUUCCCACAGAGAGGUAACGGCCUUUCCCCACGUCCUCCUGGAAAGGACUGGGAUCACGGUUUUGCCCUGAUAGCUUUAAAGCUCAGGCAGGAACGAAUUCCCCAGCAAAGUGGGCAGUCAGUUUCUCUUGCUGGAGGUUGGGGGCCAGUGUUUUCAUGAUGGGGAGUCACCUCUCUAGGGAAGAACGCGCAAUCGUUUCUGUGUAGAGGACAUGAUUUCCUUUAUUGGAGUCUGUCAGAUGAGUCGCUCUGCACUCUGCUUGCCUGGGCCAAAUCUCAUGACUUUCUGGUAGAUAUAGAGACUGCUUUUAGUCCGCAAUUGUGAGAGGCAUUGGGCUACCGGCUCUUGGAAGAAAUUACUAAUGGGGAUUCCACUGUGCCUCGACUCAUACCUGUAUGGAGACUCCUGUCCUGUGUCUUCAGAGGCCACACCCAGAAGGAAAGUGAAUUGGAAAUGGGGGCCUCAGAGGCUGACGAUGUUGCCUCUGGGGAUGCUGACACCCCGGGGGGAGGAUUGGAAGGCCAGGCAGCUGCUAGCUUUUCUCCAGCUCCCUGCAGACUGUUGGGAGAUGUGGGGACCCCCCUGCAGAACCUAUCUCUUGCCUAGAGAUUAUGUUCUGCUAAAAUAGCCUCAUCCCUAUGAUUCUGUGAGACCAACAUAUCCUCCUCCCACAAAACUGGCACCGCCGAGCACGAUAGCCGCGUCCCAGCCAUGCCCGGGGGAUGGCCCCUCCCUGUUUAUGCUGCUUUCAGCCCCUCAACAGCCGCUGGCGGUGCAAGAACUGUUGCUGCUGCACCCAGUCAAUCGGCUUUCCCCUGCCCCACUAAGAGCGGCUCGUGAGCUGCUGCAACAGCCGGCCCCGCUCCAGCCACUAGUGAUGCCCGCCUAUGCUCCACGGGAUGCAGCGGACAUGUCUGUGGAAGGGGCUAACAGCGGGCCUGUUAGCUAAAGGAGUGAGAAGCAAGAAGCUGAUAAGGAGCUCUCUCCAAGGCUGUAACCAAGGAGACCAAGAGAAGUGAGGAACUGAAGAAAGAUAAGAAGAGAACUUUACAGCUGGAUAAAGUAUUUUUAGAAAGUUAGUUGAAGUCACUGUAACUUUUCACCAAUAGUGUUAUGUUGAUUUAUUGUGGCCAAUAGUUAGGGUAGAAGAAGCAUAAACAAUUGGAAAGUUUAUAAAAGGUCAGCCAUGUUCAAGAAUAAAGAGUUGCCAACUGAGACUGCUUGUGGUCUCUGGUUUGUGUCAUGAUCGCCUCAACAACGACAUCUGGUGACCCCGACAUGAUAUAACACCAUUAAGAACAUACUCGGCCUGGACCCAUACGGGGUCCUAGCAAUUGGAAACUGUGACCCACUGGGACGUAGUGGGGGAGGCAGCGUUGGUGCAGCUGAGAGUGGCAGGUGGAAGCCACAGGGAGGUCCGGACCUGAUUUUCUCCUGUCAAGACACCUGGAAGAAUGAGCCACCAACUAGUAAUAAUGGGAAAUAAUUUAUCUAAAUACGAAGAGACUGUUUUGGCUACAUGGAAAGUUUUGUUAAGAAAUAAGGGAAAUAAUACUUCAGGCUAUGCCCUUCAUAGUAUAUUGCUGUGGGCCAAAUCACAGGAUUUUGGCACUGAUCCUGACAGAGCAUUUAGUGUUAAAGCAUGGAAAAAGGUCGGGGACAGACUGUGGGAAGUUAUCCGAGCGGGAGAUAAAAUUGUUGUCGAUCUAGCUGGUACUUGGGGAUCUCUCUUUGAGGCAUUAAAGGAAUGGAAAACAGAGCGAGAACAAGCAGAGUGGGACGUGGAUGAAGAAUCGUGGCUGAUAACAGAAACUGAUGGGGGGGAUGAGGCAGAGGGGGCUUCUGAUGGGGAACUUGGUGAAUCUAUCCUUGAAGAAAGUCCAGGUGCCAUGCAAGUUACCAGGCAGGCUACCAAAGUUUCCGGGAAAGCUGCCAAGGCUUCUGGGAAAGCUGCCAAAACUUCUGGGCAACCUGCCAUAGUAUCUUCUUAUCAGACCCCCAAACCUCUUUAUCUCACACCUCCGCCGCAGCUCGCAAUGGUGCCUGUAUAUACUACACAACUACGCCAGUUAGCUGAAAUGUCUUUAGCAGAGAAAGAAACCCAGCCAUCUGCCCCCCCUCUUCCCUCCGCUCUAGUCUGACCAUCUGCCCCCCCGCUUCCCUCUGAGCUGCUUGAACAAUCUGCAAGGUCGUAUCCUCCGUUACCUGACAGUGACAGCAACAGCGAAUCAAGUGAUGAGUCGCCCGCAGUAACACCUGAGUUGGGGCAAGGAACUCUUGUCAGUUUACCUUCUAAUAGCUCUAGCCUUACAGUCCCAUGGACUUUGCCCACAUGUCAAGUAACUGUGCUUCCUCGACACUUUCAGUUUUGGGAAUAUGUUAGGAGGAAAGUAGUUGAAGAAAAGAAUUGGGACAUGAUAGAAAGAUUAGGUGCUCCAAGAGUACCUCAGGAGAACAGUGCCAAUGUAAAUAUUGCUUGUGAUAACCCUAUGGCUUUUCCAGUUUUUAAAGCAGCUCCUGGAACAGGGCAGGAUGAUAGUCAUCACGUCUUUGCCUGGAGGGUUGUGCAAGAUCUCCAGUCAAAAGUGGCUCAGUAUGGUAUUAAUUCCUCAGAGGUAAUGCAAUUAAUACAUGUAAUUAAUGCAGAUCUGCUUGCACCUUAUGACAUCAUGCAUCUUGCUAUGAUUUUAUUCCAGCCAGUACAAUAUGUUGUAUUUCAAGACACUUGGAGGUGAGUGGCUGAGCGCACAGCUUUAACAAAUAUGCAGCUGCCUCAACACGACCCUCGUCAUACUGUGGGUGUUGAUGCCUUAUUGAGCACUGGGCCUUUUGCUAACCCAGAUUUACACACAGGGUGGGAUCCUUCAAUUUUGGCACAAGCUCAGCAAAUUGUCAUGAGUGCUUUAAUCAAAAGAAUGGAAAUGGCAGCUCCAAAACAGAGAUAUGCUACUAUUCAACAAGGUAUGAGAGAACCAUUUUUGCAAUUUGUGGAAAAACUUGCUGCAGCUAUUGAGAAACAGAUAGAUGAUGAAACUUUGCUACACAGAUUGUGUAUACAAUUGGUUAAAGAAAAUGCAAACCCAGACUUCAAAAAGAUUAUUGAUGCUUUACCUGGGGAACCCACAUGGCCUGAAAUGAUUGCUGCUUGCUCAAAAGUUGGUUCAGUCGAGCAUAAAAUGGCAGCUCUUGCUGCAGUUCUAAGACCUUCAGCGAAAUGCUAUAAUUGUGGACAACAAGAGCACGUAAGGGCACAGUGUAAUACCCAGAAAACAACAUCUAAGCCAAGUGCAAGCAGUGAUGUUGUAUGCAAUUGUUGUGCUAAAUCUGGGCAUUAUGCUAAAAAAUGCAGGAGUAAAUAUCAUGCAAAUGGUCAGCUGUUGCUGGGAAACCCAAAGAAGAGCGUGAAGGGGUGCGUGGGGAAACAAAUACCCCAACAACCACAGCAGCAAAUACAGGCCUUCCCAGCACUGCAAAGCUACCCUUUUGCGAACAAUAUUCAGGGGCAACAAGUGGGUCCGCAGGGAUUGAUAUACCCACUGCCGACACAGUAACCAUUCUGACAAAAGAAAUACGCAAAGUGCCCCUUGAUGCCCAUGGUCUGAUAGGAUGGGGCUUGAGUGCGUUUUUGAUAGGAAGAUCAAGAACUACGCUUAGAGGUAUUCAUGUGCAUCUAGGACUUAUUGAUGCUGAUUAUUUAGGACAGAUUCAUGCUAUGGUAUCCAUUGAUGACCCUCCUGUCACUAUUCAGAAAGGAACUUGCAUUGCUCAAAUUGUACUUUUUGUGAGUUCUGUUCCAAAUGCAGUGGACCGAAGUCGCGGCACAGGAAGUUUUGGAUCAACAGGAGUACCUCAAGUGUUCUGGAAUGAGAAAGUAACUGAGAACCGUCCAGAAAAGACAUGCAUCCUCACAGCCAGUGGAUAUCAUCCAGGAACCAUAUCAGUAACAGGUUUGAUUGACACUGGAGCAGAUGUCACAAUACUCUCGCGACUUUGCUGGGCUCAAUCGUGGCCUCUCACUCAUGCAAGUUUUGGACUUCUGGGGUUGGGUGGUGCUACAACAGGUGGUUUGUCAGACAUUGUAAUUAAUGUGAAACAUCCUGAUGACCAACAAGCUAACAUCAGAUCCUAUGUUGCCGAUGCUCCUCAAAGUUUGUGGGGACAAAAUUGUUUAUCUCAAUGGGGUGUCAAAACUACUAUGGAUUUUUAAUAGGGUCCACUGUGAUGCAGGGCAAUGAACGUCCAGUUGUAGCCCUGACAUGGUUGACAGAUAAACCUGUCUGGGUUGACCAGUGGCCCCUUACUACUGAAAAGCUUACCACCCUGCAAGAAUUAGUCACAGAACAAUUGCAAGCAGGACAUAUUGAGGAAUCAUUCAGCCCCUGGAAUACCCCUGUUUUUGUAUUAAAAAAGAAAUCAGGAAAAUGGAGACUUUUACAUGAUUUACGGCAGAUAAAUGCUGUAAUGGCAACAAUGGGAGCUUUACAACCAGGCCUUCCUCCACCUAUGAUGAUUCCACAGGAAUGGCAAAUAGUUGUCAUUGAUCUGAAGGAUUGUUUUUUCACUAUUCCAUUGGCUGAGCAAGACAAAGAAAAAUUUGCUUUUACUGUGCCUUCCAUAAAUCAUGCUGAACCCAAUAAAAGAUAUAAAUGGAGGGUACUUCCCCUAGGCAUGAAAAAUUUGCCAACUAUUUGUCAAUGGUUUGUGGCACAGGCCUUGUCAAAAGUGUGGUAGCAAUUGCAAAAUUGAUAACAAACAACAAUUAUCAGCUCUUAAACAAUGUGCAGUGACAAAUUUGAAAGCUUUUGGUCUGAUCAUUGCCCCAGAGAAAGUGCAGGAACACAUGCCUUGGAAAUACCUAGGUAUGUUGGUGACUAACACUCAAGUUAUGCCUCAGCCUGUGAAGUUAGACAUUGAUGUUAAAACUGCUACUGAUGUACAGAAAUUGGUUGGUUUAAUAGGUUGGAUUCGAUCAUAUCUAGGCAUAACUAAUCAUCAGAUGCAACCAUUGUUUGAUUUGCUCUCAGGGAUCACCUCCUCUACUGAUAGGAGGCAAUUGACCCCAGCAACAAAAAAAGCCCUAGAAGAAAUUGAAUUAGCCUUAGCACAAAAUUUUUUUAACAGAUAGAUACCUCUGUUGGUGUUAAAUUGUUUAUUUUGAAGGACUAUGAAAUACCAUGUGGAAUACUGUGUCAAUGGAGUGAUAAUUGGGAAGAUCAACUGCAUAUUCUGGAAUGGAUAUUUUUAUUUUUCAGAUCUCGGAAAACAGAUCCAGGACUUUAUGAGCUUUUUGCAGAUAUUAUCAUCAAAGGCCGCAGGCGUUGUCAUGAGAUUUUGGGACAGGACCCUGUGACCAUUGUGAUACCUGUACAACAGUGGUAUUUUGAAUGGUGCUUUCAAAAUAAUCAAGUUGCAAUCUGCCUUAUCUUGUUUUACAGGCCAAAUAAAAUACCAUUUACCUUCUCAUCCUGUUUUAAAACUGACCAAAGAGAUUCCUUUUGAAGGGAAACAAAUUUGUUCUCCUAUUCCAGUGGAAGGUAUAACAGGUUUUACAGAUGGAUCUGGGAAAACCGGAAAAGCAGCUGUGGCUUGGAGAAAGGACGAUCACUGGGAAUAUGAGACAAUGAUCCAGCAGGGAUCUCUUCAAUUGGUUGAACUUUGUGCUGUCCUUUUGGCUUUUACUUUAUUUCCUGGUUCUGUAAAUAUAGUUACUGAUUCCAUUUAUGUUGCAAAUUUGGUUAAACUUUUAGAUCAAGCAGUGUUGUAUAAUAUUCAAGAGAAACCAUUGUUUAUCAUGUUAGUGAAGUUAUGGACAGUUAUUGGUGCUUGAAAACAUCCUUACUUCAUCAUGCACAUUCGCAGCCAUACAUCAUUUCCGGGAUUUUUUGUGAAAGGCAAUGCCUAUGUAGAUUCUCUAGUAGCUGCUGCUGCAAUCAAAACUGUACCUAAUGUGUUGCAGCAGGCAAUUUUAUCACAUCAAUUUUUUCAUCAGAGUGCUCAAGCUUUACAGCAGCAAUUUAAAUUGUCUCCUGGUGAAGCAAAAUUAAUUCUUUCUUCUUGUCCUGACUGUCACAUGACUCAUGUUACUCACUAUUAUGGUACUAACCCUAGGGGUCUUUCUGCUUUAGAGGAAUGGCAAAUUGAUGUUACUAAAAUGUCAGAAUUUGGUCGCUUUAAGUAUGUUCAUGUCACAGUUGAUACUUUUUCUCAUGCAAUGGUUGCUUCAGCAUUCACAGGAGAAAAAACUCAUGAUGCUAUUCGUAUUUUUAUCAUGCCUUUUCUAUCCUAGGUGUUCCGUGUCACAUAAAAACAGAUAAUGGCCCAGCAUAUGCUUCGCAGAAAAUGUAAGCAUUCUUUUGUGCUUGGGGCAUUGAGCAUUCAACAGGCAUUCCACAUGUCCCCACAGGCCAAGCAAUCAUUGGAAGGGCUCAUGGUCUUCUUAAAUGUCAGGUUCAAAAACAAAAAGCGGGAAUGCAACAGGAGUUGUGAUGAUGUUCACAGGGGUCCCAGGAUAAGGGAAGAGACGAGAAAGUUGACUCUAUGUUUCAGAAGGCUGAUUUAUUAUUUUAUGAUAUAAAAUAUAUUAAAACUAUACUAAAAGAAUAGAAGAAAGGAUUUCAGCAGAAGGUUAGUUAAGAAUAGAAAAGGAAUGAACAACAAAGGUUUGUCUCUGACUGAGACAGUCUGGAUAGCUGGACUGUGAUUGGCUAUUAAUUAGAAACAACUAGAUGAGACCAAUCACAGAUCCCCCUGUUGCAUUCCACAGCAGCAGAUAAGAAUUGUUUGCAUUUUGUUCUUGAGGCUUCUCAGCUUUUCAGGAGGGAAAAAAUCUUAAAGAAAGGUUUUUUCAUAAAACAUGUCGGUGACAAGGAGUCACCUCAAGUAAGAUUAGAUAAAGCUGUUUAUGUGUUAAACUUUUUGCGUCCCCUACCAGACUCACAGUUAUCUCCAAUUUUUUACCAUUUUUCCUCUUUGAAUUCUAAGCAACCAGAUUUCUGUAGAAAUGUCAAGGUAUGGGUCAAGGAUUUAAUUACUGGUAUGUGGUGUGGUCCAGGGGAACUAAUAACCUGGGGGAGGGGUUAUGCUUGUGUUUUGACAGAUAAUGUUACUCAAUGGGUUCCUGCUCGCUGUAUUAAACCCUAUCUGGAGUGCGCAGGAAGGGACAGGAUGGAUGGUUCUGCAGCUGAAGCAGAACGUGCGGAUGACACUGGCUAAGACCAUCUAUCAGGACAUGUAUUUCAUUAGUCUUAAGGAUAAAAUAGUUAAGAAAUGUAAAAAGUACUUAUAGAUGGAUGAAGGACAGGAAAGGUUGUAUUAAGAAUGGGAAUGUUAAUUUUGUUGAUGGUUGUGAUUGUUGUUUUGUGUUUUCCCUGUCUGCUUGGAUUUUUGCAAAGGGCCCUGCAAAAAUCCAUAGCAGCUGUAUUUACAGUUCAAAAACAAAAAGGGGGAAUUGCGGAAGGGGCUAACAGCGGGCCUGUUAGCUAAAGGAGUGAGAAGCAAGAAGAAGCUGAUAAGGAGCUCUCUCCAAGGCUGUCACCAAGGAGACCAAGAGAAGAGAGGAACUGAAGAAAGAUAAGAACUCUGCAGUUGGACGAAGUAUUUUUAGAAAGUUAGUUAAGUCACCGUAAUUUUUCACCAAUAGAAUUAUGUUGAUUUAUUGUGGCCAAUAGUUAAGGUAGAAGAAGCAUAAACAAUUGGAAAGUGUAUAAAAGAUCAGCCAUGUUCAAGAAUAAAGAGUUGCCAACUGAGA